AUGUCGAAGCGAACAAGUAGCGCAAUCACGAACGGCAAUCCAGUCAAGGACGCCGCCGACAGCUUAGCCGAGCCCGCCCACGACAAGCAGAAGCUUCUUCUCUCCGCUGACACUGGCCAUUUUUCGCUGAUCCGCGCUCUUCAUCUGGCCGACGCGAUAACUCUUUGCAAUGGGGCGUGCGGUGUCAUGUCAAUCUUCACUUCCCUCCGUUACUGCCUUGGCGAUCCGUCGUCCUACAGCACGCUGUACCUGGCACUAUUUUUCCUCCCAUUUGGCCUAUUCUUCGACUUUAUGGAUGGCAAGGUUGCGCGGUGGAGAAAGAAGAGCAGCAUGAUGGGCCAGGAACUAGAUUCGUUGGCCGACCUGAUUUCUUUCGGUGUUGCUCCUGCUUCUGUGGCAUUUGCUCUCGGCCUACGUACCCCUAUCGAUCACGUCUGCUUGACUUUUUUUGUUCUCUGUGGCCUCACUCGUCUCGCUCGCUUCAAUGUCACAGUCUCGGCUCUCCCUAAGGAUGCAACUGGCAAGAGUAAGUACUUUGAGGGAACGCCGAUUCCCACAAGCCUUGGUCUCGACGCUAUCAUGGCCUACUUUAUUUCUCAACGGUGGAUUCUUCAGGAUCUCCCUAUGGGAACAUGGCUCACAGGCUCCGCCUUGGAGUUUCACCCCAUAGCCCUUGUCUUUGUGGUGCAUGGGUGUCUUAUGACUAGCAAGAGCAUCCAUAUUCCUAAACCCUGA